CCCAUCGGGGUCAUUUCUAUGUACGACAAAACAUUACACAAGAUUCCCGGUCUCGGCAAGUGCAUUGGGUUAUAAAUUAGUUUUUGGUAAAUCCCAUUUCCCUCAAAAUGGAUCAAAUCCAGCAUAAGUUCGUACAAGUCAACGGUCUGAAGAUCCACGCGGCGGAGAUCGGCGGAGAGUCGUCUCCGGCAGUGGUGUUCCUGCACGGUUUCCCGGAAAUAUGGUACUCGUGGCGGCACCAGAUGAUCGCCGUGACGGAGGCCGGGUUCAGAGCAAUUGCUCCCGACUACAGAGGCUACGGCCUCUCCGACCCGCCGCCCCAACCCGACAAAGCCUCCUACAAGGACUUGUUGGCCGAUCUUCUCUCCCUUCUCGACGCUCUCGCCGUCCAAAAGGCUUUUCUUAUAGGCAAGGAUUUUGGGGCGAGAGUUGCUUACUUAUUUGCACUCCUUCACCCCGAGAGAGUAUGUGGGGUGAUUACAAUCGGUAUACCUUAUCUGCCUCCCACUCCCGUCUCCUUCACCGACCAUCUUCCUGAAGGUUUCUACAUCGCAAGAUGGCAGAAACCUGGGAGAGCUGAGGCUGAUUUCGGGCGCCUUGAUAACAAAACAGUAGUGCGCAACAUCUACAUUCUGUUCUCGCGCAGUGAGAUACCAAUCGCGCAUGAAAAGCAGGAGAUAAUGGACAUUGUUGAUUCCGACACUCCUUUACCGCCUUGGUUCUCCCAAGAAGAUCUUGCAAACUAUGCAUCUCUCUACGAUAACUCUGGCUUCCAAACUGCUCUCAAACUCCCAUACAGGUCUAUGUCUGAAACUUUCGACAUAAGAAAUGAUAAAGUGGAGGUUCCAGCAUUGUUUAUCAUGGGUGAGAAGGAUUAUUUCCUCAAGUUCCCUGGCAUGGAGGACUACAUAAAGAGCGACCAGAUGAAGGCGUUCGUCCCCAAGGCGGAGACGGUGUAUGUGCCGGAAGGGAGUCACUUUGUGCAGGAGCAGUUCCCUCAACAUGUCAAUCACCUCAUCCUCAACUUUCUCAACAACAAUAAUGUUAAUGUAUGAUCGAUGCCAAUUACUCAUAAUCUCACUGUCUGUUCAUCUAUGACUGAAAUAAAAUUUGUAUGUGACUAUGUUGUGAGGAAAUAAAACUUGGCUUUUCUAUC